AUGACCACGACGACCAGCGUAGAGAUGAGGGUCCUUCCGAGACUGCUUCAGCUUCCGCUCGAACUGCGACAAGACAUUUACUUGUACCUCUGCCCAGCGGAUCCAAUCUCGAAUCCUAUACCUACCGUCGGUAUCACCUGUGUGUCUCAUCGCCCGCCAUCGACAGCACUUCUUUUGGCCAGUCGUGCCGUCAACGUCGAUGUCCAAGCAUACUAUCACUCCAUCGCAAACUGGAAACUCAUCGCCUCACAUGCCUUUAACUUCUACCGCAUAGACCCGACUCUUUCAAACUUCGCCAGCUCGCGCCUUCUCACACGUAUGCAAAAGGUGGAACUGGUCUUUUGGUUUGACGGCAGUCUGCUCAAAAGCUAUCCUUCCCUGAAGCAAAAGAUAUAUUGCGACGAGAUCAGGAAGCGAGCAAUCAGGGCGUGCGACAUUUUGGCUACCGCACCAAACUUGAAGGUCCUCAGAGUGAGUUGGGUGGACACAACUACAAACACUCCUUUGGAAGAAAAGAAAAACGUCCUCGACGCCUUGUCCAUUCUCGACGGCAAAGUCAGGUUCGAGAUUGGUGUGCUGGAGUGGAGCAAUGCUCAGGCUUCCCCUGAAAAGGACACGUUUGAGUCGCAGGUCAAGUCCUUGAUUGAGGCUACGCUUCCUGUUGCUGCUUGUUGA